AUGUCCGACGAAAAUGUGAGCGAAAAGCAGGAGGCUUCUACGGCUGAGAUGCUGCGUCGCUACCAGACGGCCGAGAGUGUUCUUCUUCCCAUCCCUCGGGAUGUAUUCGAGAAGCUUUAUUUGAGUCCUAAAACACCGACAGCGGGAAAUCUGCGUCGUACUUUCGGCAACCCGACUCCGAUUUCUCUACUCGGUUUCUUGUUAGCUGCGACUCCUGCCGCGAUGACCAAUAUGGGGUGGCGGGGCGCUGGUGGAAGUGGUGGUGCUAUUUUACCCGUAUUUAUCUACUUUGGAGGCAUGGUACAAAUUUUUGGUGCCGUGGGUGAAUGGAUUAUUGGAAACACAUUCUCUUGUGCACUCUUCUUUACCUAUGGAACCUUUUGGAUCGUUCAGGGCACUUCAAACAUGCCAUUCUACGCAGUAGGAACCAACUACUCACCAACUGGAAAUUCGUUGGAGGGUAUACAAACACCCGAAUACAAUGCAACCGUGGGGCUUUAUUACGUGAUUCUCAGCGUUCUCACAUUCGUCUACCUCAUCUGUUCUAUUCGGACAAAUAUUUGCCUUUUCUCGGCAUUGUUUCUUCUAGUCAUCACUUUCGCCCUAACAGCAGCCACCUUCUUCCAGGUAGCGCUGGGGAAUGCUGAAAACGCUGCCAGACUGCAAUUGGCUGCCGGCGCUUUCAAUUUUGCUCUUUGCAUACCAAUCUGGCACAUAUUUAUUGCGCAAAUACUCGAUGCAGUUGACUUCCCUUUAACACUACCCGUUGGUGAUCUGAGUACAAUUGUGCCUGGGAGAAGCCAGAAAGAGAGAAAGCGCCAAGAAGAGUAA